AUUGAAUGAAAAUGCAUUGAGGCUGAAAAAUACGAAUGUGUCAGAUUGCACAGAUACCAUAAACCACAUGUUCUCUGACCCUGUUACUUGUUCCCAAAUGAGUGAUAAAAGUCAAUUUGAAAGUCUGAAUUCGGUACCUUGUGAUUGCAACAAGGAAGACCUGGAAUAUGAAGCACAGUUUAUGAAAUGUGCUGAUGACAGCCAUCUAAAUUCAGUCUCAGGCCUGAUGCCCCCAUUCGUGGGCUUGCCACCUGCAUCAGCUCCUUUCAGCAUUUUUGAUGAGACUGCAGAAACUGGAGACCAGAUUAAGCCCCCAUCAAAUUACUUAAAGCCUAACACUCAAUGGCAACUUUCUGGAACUCUUGUACCAUCACAGCGUGUUCUAGCUGAAGGGGCCUGUUCUGCUGAAUGUGAUGAUUUAGAUGGGAUUGAGCCCCUGAACGAAGACCACUUUGUGAAUAGUGAUUACCCGAACAAGACUCUUGGCCCUUACCCUGAAAACACAUGUGACUUUAGUAGAGGGGCACAUUUGGUCUCAACCCCUUUCCACAGAAAUACACUAACCGAUGACCAGGAGAGUUCAAUCAAACAAAACUGUAUAGAUGGUGGUAAAAAUGCUCUGAGUUCACUAUCGCCCAUCAAGGAGUCCUUGUUUGACCAACCUCUGCAUAUGAAGAAACUGAGUCCAAUUCAGGAAGCAAGUGAAGAUGGUCUGUCCUCUGCUGCUACCACCUCUUCCUCUGCAGUGUCCUCUUCUUCCAUGGGAGGACUUGGUACCAUGAGUGACUUGAAUAUUUUGGAGAAACUGGAGCUGGGCCAACUGAACUCUUGUGAGACCAACAGUGUGAAUUCCACCUCUGAUAAUCCAUGGGAUAUAGAAAUCAGGAAGCAAUUGCUUUCGUCCCUACCUGUGCCGUUGAGCUCAUUCUCAGAGUUCCACAUUCAGAAUGGCCCAGUACCUACAUUUGAAGAUGGAUGCGAGCUAACUCUAGGUUCACAAGCAUUUAAUAUCAAACUAGCAGCAGUACAUGAGCAGCAUCGUGUAUUCUAUGGAACCAAUCCAAGAUUGAGCUUGUCCAAAGCUAUUAUUAAG